AUGACAGCUACUGAAAUAUUCAUCGUUCAAGUGGACGAAGGUCAACUACAAGAGUAUGCUACAAUUCCAAUCUCAUUUGAAGUUCGAAGCAGAUUUGAGAUGAAAAUUGGCGACGAUAAUGGUUUACGAGGCAUUGAAUUAUGUGAACAGCCCAUAGCAACACCUUACAUCAAAGAUUAUGAUUUAUUAGGCUGUUCGCCUUUAACUUGGACAGAGGAGUUCAGUCUUAAGGACUGGGGUCUGUUUCUUGCUUUCAGUAACGAACAACCAGUUGGUGGAGCUGCAAUUGCCAGCAAACUACCAGGUGAAGAUGGGGACAUGACUGUGCUAUGGGAUAUGCGCGUUCAUCCGGCAUACAGACGUCAAAAGAUUGGUCACAAAUUGUGGCAACAUGUUCUGGCAUGGUCAAAAAGACCACAAAAUUGUUGCAAAUAUAUGAAAAUUGAAACUCAAAACACAAACAUUUCCGCAUGUCGAUUCUACGCCGCUCAAGGUGCACAGCUCGGCGAUAUUCGUCGCUUUGCUUAUCGCCAUCAAGCGUCAGUCGAGGACGAAGUGCAGUUAAAUUGGUAUGUGGGCUUGUGA